AUGUCCAACCAGUCGAUCCUCCGCAUCACGCGUGAGCUGUGCGAUAUCCAGAAGGGCUCGGAUCUCUCUCUCGCCGUCGCCUGUCGGGACAGCGACGUCAGAUCCGUUCGCGCCUUGAUCAUUGGCCCGCCAGACACUCCCUAUGAAUUUGGUUUCUUCGAGUUCGCUGUGCGCUUCGGCAGAGAAUACCCUACCAAGGCCCCCUCGGUCACCUGCAUCACCACCAACGGCGGUCGCACCCGCUUCAACCCGAACAUCUACGCCCAGGGAAAGGUCUGCCUCUCCAUUCUAGGUACAUGGCGUGGCGAGCCUGGCGAGGAAUGGUCCUCGGCACAGGGCCUUGAGUCCAUUCUCAUCUCCAUCCAGAGCCUCAUGUCGCCUGACCCGUACGAGAACGAACCUGGAUUCGAGGAGGCCAAUUCCGACUACGACAAGAAGCUCAAGACUGCCUACACAGCGAAGAUCCACCAUGAGACCAUCCGCAUCUCCAUCAUCGAGCGCCUGGAGGAGUACUACAGGAUUGUCCCCCCGGAGAAGAAGGGAAUCGUUCGUUACAAUGCCGAAGAUGACGUUGCAACCUCCGAGGACCAGUUCGAACCUUUCCAGGAUCUAUGCAAGCGCCGCUUCCUGUGGUACUACGAUUCCUACGUCGAGUCCAUCAACAAAAUGAAGGAUCAGCACAAGGAGGGAACAAAGUUCGAGAAGAUGCCCUUCGAGGGUCCUAGCAACGAGAUGAGCGGAACAUUCAACUACGAGCAGUUACUGAAGCGCUUAGCAGUCAUUCGCGAAGCUGUGGAGAAAGAGACGCUCGGAUGGGCACAGGAAGGUCUUCAGGCUACCAAGGGUGAGCUGAGCAUUGCCAACAACCUUCAAAGGCAGUUUGAGCAGGUAGUCGAGCACUUCAAGCGGAGUGACAGCGUUCACAUCGAUCUGGAACUCGUCGACAAGAAUCCCUUCGUAUGGUCCUUCGUCUUGUUCGGCCCGCCCAUGUCCAAUCUCGACGGAGGAAUGUUCCGGAUCGUUAUCUACAUGUCUACCAGAUUCCCGGACGUGCAGCCGCGUGUCAAGCUCGAGACCCCCAUCUUCCACCACCGCGUUUCCAAGGACGGUGUCGUAUGCUACACAUCUCGUCGCUCGGACGAUCUGCGGAGCCACAUCGAAGCUAUCGUUGAAACCAUCCAGGAAGAGCAGCCAGCCUAUGACCCGCGGACACUUGUUCACCCUGAAGCUUCAAAGCUCUUCUGGGGCAGCGCCGAUGACAAGAAGCAGUACAACCGCAAGCUCAGGCGAAGUGUGCAGGACAGCGCUGAGUGA